GUGAAUCGCAAGUGUGAGUAUUGCCAAUAAGUAGGUGCGACGACGGGUUGGUUGUAAAAGAGAUUUGGAGGGGUAGAGUUAGGUUGAAGAAAAAUUGAGAAAAGGUGAUUAAAAUGGAUAAGCAACAACUUCAGCUGAGUGAGUACAUAAUCUCAGAUAAAAAGACAUGAAGAUCGAAACUUAUGGUAGAAUGCCUAAUCGGUUAAAUGACAUUCUCUGUGUGGGAGAGGCAUGGGGCUAUCUCCUCUUCUCCUUAUUUAGUAGUAGUACUAAUUAUUUAAUCUGCACAUAAUAUCUUAUUCUUCAUUUUUACUGCCACAUGAUAUUUCAUUUGCUCUGCUUAUCUUGUUAUUUUGUUGCGGUUAUUUUUCUAUCAAUUCUUCUUUGUAGCUGGAUAGGGGGCUCCUGUCCAGCAAAACUGUUUAUUCUUCCCGUCAUUUUUCUACUUCAAAAAUGUAAAAUCUGUUCAUACUCCAACCUGCCCUCUCUGCAAACAACUUCAACGGUUAUUCGAAAAUCGAAACAUUUUGAUAGGUGCCAUGAAUUUAGUGGCAACACAAAACUUCAAAACCUCCAUACAAAUACAAAUCCAAAUCCAAAUUCAAUCCUCACUUCAGUUUCACCUCCUUCCUUGUUCUCCACCCACAAUUUUCAAAAUCCACAACAAUCUUUCAAACCCCAUUACCCUCAAAUUCCACAAAACCCAAGCUACAAAUCACAAGAACAAGAUAACUCCCACAACCCAAGAAGAAGAAGAAGAAGAAAAUGACAAUGGAAUCCCUGUUGAACAUGUCAAAACCCUAGUCAAAUUCAAGUCCAGAUACAACUACAUCCGUGUUCUAGAAGUUUCUAGAAAAGCCGACCACCCAUUAUCCGGUUCCCGUCUCCUCCUUCUCGAUGCACCUGGUAACAUCCACAGCAUAUCAUUCCUCUUCAAGUCCAUAACCAAAGCUUACUACGACGUUCUUGCUACUCUCCCUCCAAUUUUACCACCCGGUCCAUUAGGUAUCCUCGGAUUCGGAGCUGGCUCCGUUGCAAAAUUGAUUCUUGAAAUCUACCCACAUGGGGUUAUCCAUGGGUACGAGCUAGAUUCAGCUGUGAUAUCCGUUGCACGAGAGUAUUUCGGACUCUCCAAAGUCGAGAAAAAAUACCAAGAUCGCCUUUUCAUUUAUAUAAGCAAUGCGCUCAAUGCGAGUGUGAGAGAUGGAUAUUCGGGACUAAUAGUUGAUAUGUUUAGUGAAGGGUGUUUGAUCCCGGAGCUUCAGGACCCGAAAACAUGGGAAAAUUUGAGAAGGAAGUUGAAGAAAGGGGGAAAGAUAAUGGUGAAUGUUGGAGGAAGUUGUGUGGAGCCUGAAGAUAUUAGGAAGGAUGGGAAAGUGAUAAUGGAAGAGACAUUGGUAGCAAUGAAUAAGGUUUUUGAAGGACAAGUUUAUGUGUUGAAUCUUGGUAAUAGGAAGGUGGAAGAUAGUACUGUUGCUAUUGCUGGUGAAUUGCCUGAUUUGGAGAAAUGGAGGAUGUCUUUGCCUAAGCCUUUGAGGUUUUAUGUUGACAUGUGGAACAAGUAUUGUGGAUGAUGAUAAAGUUCAUUUUUAAGCUAGAAAUCAAAGCACUUCUUGCAGUGGUCAACCGCUUUUGGCGAAUCUUAGUGGCUCAGUUGAUUAUCUAUUGAACUUUUAUCAGAAUUCGAUUCUCAUCCUGUAAUCUCGCUCUCAUUUACCCUGCCCGUGCCCAAUUUUAAAGUCUAUGAAUUAUGACUUUUAUGUU